UGGACAUCGCAUUAGUAGUCAGCAGAUGCGUCGCUCUAGAGGAGGUGUCUCGCGUUUGCUUCCGUGACUGUUGGGUGCAGCGACUGAGAUUACUGGGUCUAGUAGCGCACGUGCAGAAAACACUGAAGCUUUUUCCAGCACAGCACGGUGGAGGCUCGUCUUCAUCUUCGUCAGGUGUUCAGCAAUUGAGCCCUCUGCCGAACCUGAACCCUCUAGGCUGCAAAGAAGGCGCAAACGUGGUAAAACGGCUGCUGCGACAUGCAGAUAAGUUUGAGCAUUUGAACAUUUUCCAGUACGACGUAGAGGAAGACGAUAGAAUGGCGCAAGGACCGUUGCAGAGAAUAUCCUAUUCGAAACCGGCAAUUGAGAGUAUAUCAAGUGAACUGCUGGAAGGAGAUUGGCGGCCAGUGGUUUUGGCUGGAGCUUGAUGUGCUUUUGGUUGGAGUUUGAUUUUAUUCGAUUGUGGGAAUCAAUUCAUCUGACGUCGUGUAGAUGUGUUUCAUGUUGAUGGAGAUGAUGUCGCUGCUGAAGUAGUGAUUUCUUUAGUUUCGUCUCGCGCGACACCAAGAUGAAGUAGCUGUAGAAGAAUUUUUGAUACGCAACGCCGCUCAAAAAUCGUAGCCGUGUGUUGUACUUGUAGAGUUGUAGACUGCUCACUUUCGGGUUUCAUUGCUCAUCGGACGAGGUGCUACUUGGGAUUGCUCGUCCUAGUGUUCGAUUGAAGAUCGAAGGUGGGUUUUCGUCGUUUUCGAUCUUGCUCUACUCGUUCCUGAGACCUCUGAUCCUGAUGAAAACGAUCUUUCAGAAUACAAGCAGUAAAACCUUUGGCUUAGGAUAGUAUUAGUGGUAGAAGUCGCCAGGGAAGUCUGAGGUAGUUUGCCGACUAGAUUCACACCAUCAGCAUUCGUAGCACUUACUAGAGAAUGAAUCUAAAUGUGAGGAAGCCUAAAAACGAUGACGGCCGUACACCGAUCUCUCUUUGAUCAGGGCUUUGAGGCUCUGUUCACACUGACUGCUUCCAAGGAGGUGAGCUUGGGGUCGAGAAGACACUUCUCCCAGCCGACGUCUUUUGGCACUACAACAGCUCCACCAGCACAACUGCCAGCUCAGGCAGGUGGUCCAGGGGUAGGGUCGCCGAUCACGAAUGGACAAGUCCCUGGACACCAGCAGGAAGAACAACAAGAUGUCCCUGAACAGCAGCACCGGGACCAGGAUCCUGUUGAGAUCCAGCAGAAGCUUGCAUCACUUACACCAUCUGCGCUUAAACAACUCUCAGAUGUCGUGGACAAUUUACUGAAAACAUCAUCAAGAAAUGGUAAAACAGAACAAGAAGAUAGUCCAGAAGAAGUAGUCGUAGUUCACGGUGAUAAUGUGCCACUUGCUGAGAUUGCUAGAAUUCCCGAUAACACUGAUUACGAGACUGGAGUCAUUCGUUCGCACCAAGUGCUGCUGUACGAUUUGUUUCAGAUGCUGGAAAAACAAUCUCGACGGAUUCUCACGGCGUAUAAGGAGGCCUCAGAGGGUCAUGAAAAGGAUUUCUUGCCUCAGAACAAUGCUGAAGUGGAUUUGUCUGCUACGAGCAGUGCCACGAAUGAUGCAGGCGCAGGGGGCCAAGCUACGAAUGAUGCAGAUCAGCAUGGUACUGAAGAUGCUCCUAAAAUUCCGCCCUUUGCAGAACGCAUCUCUCCCUUGCUGCACGCGAUGCGUGAAAGUGUCGAUGAUGCCUUGGAGCAGAGUGAGAGGAACUUAGAUCACAAACUAGUCAAGCGUCAUCUGCGGCACGCUUAUCCGACUUUCCACUUUGACGCUAGUGGGAUUUCGAGGUUAGGAAAACGGUUGCAACGAUGGAUUGACGACAUGGAGCGCAAUAAUGCGAAUGCGAAAGCGUCUUUGAUGCCUGGAGGUGGAGGUAAUGAGGAACAUCAUCAUGGUCAUCCUCAAGUACCCUCAUCAAGUGGAACAGAUACAGAUAGUCAAGGAGUAGAACAACAGGUCAACAAGGAAUGCUUGCAUCAUUGGACGCGUAGUGUGCGACGACUAACGGCUUUACGAGAACAGGCAAUGGCGGCUGAUAACGAUUUGUUGUCGCAGUUGAAGAUAGCCAGAUUACAGAGUGCAACGAGGAAAAAAAUUUCCAUCGAAGACCAACAAUCCGUUGUAGAUUUGGUAAAGGAUAUAACGACCCGUGCCCUACGGCAUCAGCAGACAUUCGAAGCACGACGAUUGCGGACAACCGAUAGAUUCGACAAUUUGUACAGACUCGUGAAAAAACGAUUAACUGACAGUGAUGCAGAUAGAGCAACCUUAGGUAGGCAAAUACGACAAGAAAUAUCAGAUCUAGAGAACGCCGCUCAAAGGGUGGAAGUGAGCGAGCACAUGGUAGUAAGAGACUUGAAAAGGAUACGGGAUGCAGCUGGAUUGGCAGCGAAAUUUUUGUGAUUGUUCUUUUCAAUGAAUAGAGCUUGUUGCAUAGGACGAACAGAGCGUAAAAAUAAAAAUAGCGAAGACCUUGGUCGUAGUCGUUAGGCACGGGCAGCCAACAGCAUUC